CCAUGGAGGGGCCAGGAGGGUCAACACAUGGGCUGGAGGGACGUCUGUGCUAUGGGGUAAGGGGUGCAGUCAGAGAGGGGUGGGAACUGUGUUUGUGCCGGUUCACUCGCUUUGCCGUUGAGCUUUCCCAAGACGCUCAGCUUCUGUACCUUUGUCUUUACCUCCUGGGUCUCUUCCAGCUACUUCCUGUCUGCCUCAUUACAGCCAGUGAAACAGUGUUGGGAAGUUACAGUUCAGGGAUGAGGUCUUGGGGAACAGGAGCUACCUGGUCCUUGGGAGCCUUUUUUGGGACUCUUUGAUCUUGGGAACCCCUUGCCCCUCUCUCCUUACCCCCAGGUCAGUGCAUGAGGUUCUUCCUGACCAACAGCCAGAGUCACCCCCAGAUGAAUGAACUUUCCUGGAAGGAUGUUACCAGUGCCUUAUCCCUGACCAACAUGAUCCUGGGGCUCUUCUCCAUCUUCUGCAGCUUCUCCAAGAAAUCCCGCUGUGCCUCCUGGAUGCUUCUGGUCAGCUUUCUAUUAGACAUGGCAGUCAGGGCAAUGACCAGACACCUCAACACCUGCUCCAAACUGGGAGCGGAGCUGAAUGACUUUGCUGUCUUCACCACCUUUGGCCUGGCCUCGGCCCUGCUCUUAGGCGUGGAUGGGCCUCUGAAUGGGUUCCUGGCCAUCAUCUAUGUGUUGGCUGCUUCUUUCCGCCUGUGUUUUUAUUCAGCUGGCAUUCCCUUCACAUACAAGGGUCUACCCUGCCCCUAUGCCUCCUGCGUUUUGGCCUCCACCUCCCUUCUGACCAAAGGCAACACCUUCAUUCUCUCUUGCAUGGCCUCACUCAUGAUUCUGUUCAUGAUAGACCAGAGCUACUACCCACAUGAUGAAAUCCUAGAGUCUGAGAACUGGAAGAAAAUGGUUUAUCUGGGAGGUGUCGUCAUGCUGCUUUUGUGUCCAUUCCCACUAACUGCCUUUUACUGCCUGGUGUGGUCACUUUCCUACAUCUUCUUUCCAGACGUUCUGUGGGGCAAGGCAGUGUGUCUUAGCCUACAGCACCCAAGAAACUAAAGAGCUCUACCCUCUCCCACUGGCCUCUGUGGGGUUUAUGCUGGCUUGUUGGGCCAAGCCUUGCCUUGUCCUCACUAAAUCUUUCCUUGUUUCUGUGUUGUGCAUGUGGUAGAUACAUGUGGCCUUGAACCAGAACAACCCACAGCAGGGCCAGCAGCCUUCACGACCUCCCUUUUGUUCAGGGAUUUGAAUCCCUUGAGGACACUAGCUGUUAAUGUCAUGUGGAACAGGGUUUUUUUCCAAACUAAAUUUGAGCCAGGUUUCAGCUCCAGCUCUAAGACCACCUGUGUGACCUUGUGCACUAAGGUUAAUCCCUUGGAGAGGAGUGAAACCCUUCAGAAUUAGUAUAGCCUCUACCCUGGCCCUGCCCGGUUGUAAUUACUCCACUGGUAGGGUGGGGUUUGGCACUAAAGCAUUUUAUCCUGUAAAAAAUUUUUCAAUUUUCAAUUACAGUUUACAUUCAAUAUUAUAUUAGUUUCAGGUGUACAGCACAGUGGUCAGACAAUUAUAUAACUUGCAAGGUGAUAACCCCGACAAGUCUAAUACCUACCCGACACCAUAGUUAUUACAGUAUUGACUGUAUUCCCUGUGCUGUACUUUA